AUGUUCCUGGCGCGUCUUGUUCUGCUUUUGUACGGUCUUGGCAACCUUGGCUUAAAAACACCUGUAUUAGCUCAAGUCUCUUCUUCUCUCGCAGCUUUCGAUGUGCAGGGAGCAACCUUUGCAGAGACGUACAAACAGUCGACAACCGAAAUUUUUGUCUUCAGGGAAGAUGAUGUGAGACAUCGUUUCCGUGUCUCAAGCGUCGAGGCUUUGGCGAUUUGCCCGCGUCGUUUGGCGUAUCCAGCGCGUUUGGAGGACUUGAGCGUUGCUGAACUUUUGGCAAUGUAUCUCAAACGGAAGCAAACGACAGUUGUCCGUGGCAACAGAGCUAAGAAGCAAUUUGCACAGCGCCCCACCCUCAUUUACAGAAUGUCCCUUAAGCAAAUUCUUUCGAUCCUUCAAAACACUAUCAAGCAUGAUUUGGAUAUCGCUCCCCAGUCCAGGAAGAAGAACUAG